AUGGACUACCACUCUGCCGUCUUGGCUCACCCCGAAUUUCUCUCCCGGAUGCAGGACGCAAGUAAGCUGCCCCACGAUCUCAACACCCUUAAGACCUGGUACUUCACCCGCCUCGAGUCCGAAGCCGACCGACUCGCCCUCCUGGGCAUUUACAACACCCUCGUCUUCGACCUCGGUUGGGACUACCGGGAUAUCCAGGUGUGGUUGACGGACCUUAAGCUCUACCGAAACAUUAAGCAAGUCUUCGAGGCCAACCCCAUGCGCAUCUCCGAGGAGCGAAUGACGUGGUUCAUGGAGCACCAGUCCAUCUUUCGGUGCGACCAGUACGGCCACGACACUCCCGUGUUCCGGUUUGACGCCUUGGAGAAUCGCAAAAAGUGGCCGAUCGAGUGGAAGGGCAUGAGUCGCGAGGAGAUCGAGCUGGCGAUUGAUAAGACUGAUGGGGGGAUGGAGACAGGUUUUGAGACGGAGAUAGAGAGGGAGUGCUGGCUGAUCGAAAUGGCACGCAAGUGGAAGAGCGGAGAGUACAACGUACCUUAUUAG